CAUCACAACACUUUUUCAUAACAUCACGUUUCAUAACAGCAUUCCGACGCCUGCCGUUUUUGUAUGAGCAGCCGUACAUUUAUAUUUCCACGACAGAUCAUUGUUUGAUCAAUAAACGGCGUUCUCUAAGCAUGGCGUCAGUGCUGUCACAGCUGAUGGGGCAGUGGAUGGAUGUUCAGGGUCUCCUGAUAUUUCUGUGUGUGCUUCUGCUGGUGAAACACCUGCGAGAUGUUCUUACAAACAACAUGCCGCCAGGACCCUUCCCUCUGCCUUUGAUUGGAAAUGUACUGAAUAUAGGCUUUAAUGAUCCAAUGGGCUCCUUUCAGAGGAUUGCUGAGAGGUAUGGAGAUGUGAGCACAUUGUAUUUGGGAAACAAACCGUGCAUCCUGCUCACUGGAUACGAGAGUUUCAAAGAGGCGUUUGUGGAGCAGGCGGACAUCUUCACAGACCGGCCGUACUUCCCUAUAGUUGACAAGAUAAGUAAAGGGAAAGGUCUGUUUAUGUCCAGUGGGCACAUGUGGCGUCAGCAGAGGCGUUUUGCUCUGGCAACACUCAAAUACUUUGGUGUGGGGAAGAAAACUCUAGAAAACUUCAUCCUGCAGGAGUGUCGCUUUCUCUGUGACUCUAUACAGACUGAACGAGGUUUGCCCUUCGACCCUCAGCAUUUUGUGACCGAUGCAGUGGCUAAUAUAAUCUGUGGGUUGGUGUUUGGUCACAGGUUUGAGUAUGAUGACCAUAAAUUUCAUCUGAUGCAGAAGUAUUUAGAUGACUUAUUACAGCUUCCCAUCUCAAACUGGGGUCGGUUAUAUAAUCAGUUUCCCAUCCUCAUGUCGAUGCUGCCAGGAAAACAUCAGAGGGCAUUCGCCAGCAUACCUAAGCUUCAGCCCUUCCUGCAGGAGGAAAUCAGAAAACACAAGGAAGAUAGAGACCCGUCCAACCCCAGAGACUACAUCGACUGUUAUCUGGAGGAGAUUGAGAAGUGUAAGGACAUUGAGGCAGAGUUCACUGAGGAAAACCUGAUGUAUUGUGUGGUGGAUCUGUUUGGAGCAGGAACAGAAACCACCUCUAACACACUCAGAUGGGCUUUACUCUUCAUGGUCAAGUACCCAGAAGUACAAGAGAAAGUCCAGUCUGAGAUUGAUCAGGUGAUUGGACAGACACGCCAACCACUGAUGGAUGACCGGACAAAUCUACCGUACACCUACGCAGUGAUCCAUGAAAUUCAGAGGUUCGCCAACAUUGUUACCUUUACGCCUCCCAGAAUGGCCAACAAGGACACAACAGUAGGAGGACGUCUCAUCCCGAAGGGUGUGUUAGUGAUGCCAUUGCUUAAGUCAAUCCUGCAGGAUAAGAAUAAGUACAGCACUCCCUAUGAAUUCAAUCCUGCUCACUUUCUGGAUGAAAAUGGCAAAUUUUUGAAGAAAGACAGUUUCAUCCCUUUUUCAAUAGGUAAGAGGAUGUGUCCAGGUGAGCAGCUCGCUCGUAUGGAGCUCUUCCUCUUCUUCACGUCUCUGAUGCAGUGUUGCACCUUCCUGCCUCUUGAAGGACGAAUGUUGAGUCUGAAAGGAACUAUAGGUGUCUUGUCUGGUCCUGAACCCUUCCAGAUACGUGCUGUGCUUCGAUAGUGUAGAUUCUAAUCACUCAAAAUUUAGCUCUGCUCCAGAAUCAUGUUCAAACACCAGUGUUCAUUAUAUAGCUUUACAGUCACUUUGAAUAAAAUAACCCCCCCCCCCCCCAAAAAAGGUUCUUUCCUCUCACAGAAUUUUUGCAGGAAAUUUGACAGUCAUUUAGAGCCACUCCUAACAAAUUAGGAUUUUAAUUAAUCAGAAUGUUUUGCAGACAAACUAAAUCUUUGGCAUAGCCCAUACUUACAUAUCGAUUAUUGAUCCUCUAAACUCAAACGUUCUUAGAGAUUGUGAUUAAGGAAAUUGACUUUUAUCAUAAUUCUAUUUUGUACAGUCUUUGGAUACUAAGCAAAAACAUUCUAAAUUUAAUCAAUAUUAAAUUUAUGCAUUUAGCAGACGCUUUUAUCUAAAGUGACUUUCAGUGUAUUCAGGCUAUCAAUUUUUACCUAUCAUGUGUUCCCAGGGAAUCGAACCCCCAACCUUGGGCUUGAUAGCACAAUGCUCUAUCAAUUGAGCUACAGGAACACUAUCAAUAUCAACUCAAAGACAACAUAACAAUACUUAAUAAAUAUA